AUGUCCUCAGGCGAGGCUACGUGCUGGAUACGUGAAUUGCUGGCAGCAAGCCAGAUUCAGCAGCCCUGGAGGUUUUCUAGUCACAGUUGCAAGUGUACCCUUCUCACCUGGGCUGGAAUGUGUACCCUUUUUACAAGGGAGGAAAGAACACUGUUGGGGCAUCAUGUGGAACCUCAGACACGAUCAAGCACCAUCUACAACCGGGAUUCUCAGAUCCUUUUACAGUACAAGGUUCUGAAACUUAUCAACUUGAUCAGGACUGGAAAUCUGAAGCCAGACGUUAGCCGGGCUGAGCGUUUGAGCAUGAUGGUUCAAAAGGGGACAAAACCUCUUGAUGAGGAGGUUGCUGAGUUUUGGCAAGACCCCGACAUUGAGGCGUCCGACGAAGAUAGCCAGGAUGUUGAUUUGGAUGAGAUUGGGGAACCACAGAGUGGCCUUGACAAUGCACUGGAGAGCGCUCGAGACCCAGUGCCUCUUGAUGGUUCUGACUUGACAUGGUACAUGCAUGCUUUUACAGGAGUGGUCCACGCAGCACACAAUGCCUCCGUAGGAGAAGAGCAGCGACUGUUGUGCGGCAGAGCGACCACGGUGAAUUUGAAUCUCACCGACCCAGACAGUGCAGAGACAAAGAACAACAUACUCAUUGUGAUUGUUUCGACCGUUUCUGUGCGGGCAAUGGCUCUGGACUCAGAGGCUGCAUUUCAGUCAAGAGCUUUAGAGGUUGGAAUCAGUUCAGCCGAUGUCCAAGCUUUGAAAACAGGAGGUAUCAAUAGCUACUCUCGAUAUGCCUUUUGCUGUGCAUAUCAACCAGGGAGUGGGAAUGAAGAUGUGCUUUUUGACUAUUUGGAGUCAAUCUUGGGUGCAAAGCCCGCUGGUGCAGAUGCGUCGAACUAUAGGAGACUUUUCUUUGAGAGUCAUGCACUUGCAUUGAAAGAUUUGGAGAGUCGUUUGAAUCGCAGUGAUGCCUCUGAACUGAAGAUCCUACCUUUGGCUGAAAAGGUACAAAGGCUUGAGGCCUUGAAGCGGAAAUUUCCGGGGAUCAUGCUUAGCACUUCCAUGGAACCAGGUCAUGAACUUAUUGACAGAGUUGUACAUCAAUAUGAGGAAAACUGCGUGAAGCUUGUGGAGCUCAGCAAGUGCACUUCGCGCGAACAAGAGAUCAAAAGUGAGCGCUCCACUUCUCAGCUUUCAUUUGAUGCUCAAGGGAAUAUCAAAGUUUCAAAACAGAGCGCAGUCACAGAGUGCUCAAUCAAUGGAGAGAUCAAGUUGAGGGCUGCAUUCACAAGAAGGAGUUUGGCUUACGAUUUGGCCAACAUAGCAUCAUUUGAAGUUUUGGAGUCAUGGUCGCAGCUUUUAUUUGACAGAAUCUGCCAGGAGCCACCCACAGGGUACCGUCACAUUUCAACAGACCAGAUCAUUCAUGCUGAUCGCAAGUUGUGGGUGAAAGUAGCAGAGACCACAAGGUCCAAGGUUACGGGAACAACUGCAGAGGGCAUCAAGAACGUUGAUGUUGCUUUGAAAGAGCUUGCGCACCAUCCAGACGUUCAAUUUCAUAUGUUGCCACUGCCAUUGAGAGAGUCUUCACAGUCUUCCUCGUCCAACCAGAGGUUUCAGCCAUAUCAACAAGAUCGACCUCAAGGAGCUCAGCAACAGAAGGGCAAAGGCAAAAGUGGAGGCAAAGAUCAGGGCAAAGGGCGCAUACAGAUUCCAGAUGGUUGUGCAAUCAAGUUUGGGGAGAACAAGAAUAAGCCCAUCUGCAUGAAGUUUAACGUUGGAGCUUGCCGGACAAACGUCAAGGUUGCUUUGAUUUUGUCAGAUCUCACCCAAGAGCACUCUCAACAGACCGCCUUGGACAUGGUUCGACAACUUCGACCCAUCGGAAUUCACUUGGGCCUUCCUUGCGGCACUUGUUCACAUGCAAGGGAUCGCCAAUUGCCGGAGCACCUGCGGGGUCAACACAGUGCACCACCACCUUUGGGGUCAGCAGAGCACUUGAUGGGUCUACCUCAUCUUAUUGGCACCAACUUAGCAAAGGUUCAAGCGGCCAACAAGCUUUACAGUUCUGGUUUGGAAUUUGCAACAGCCCAGGAAGCAGAAUGUCCCAAAGUCUUAGCCAACCGCAUGGCAGCAUGUCUACGACGUCAAGCCGAACGUCAACAACUCCAGCUGGGGCCUCGCUUGUCCUCGGCUCAGAAGGCACGACAUGCCUGGGGAGUUCAAACGGUUAAGGGACAACCCCUCAUUCCGGAGUUCAAAGACUUUUGUCAUGCUGAUGCAGCACAAAACCAACCUGGAUAUAGACUUUUGGCAACUCCACUACAGGGGGCGCAACACACAGAGUUGCCUUCAGAGGAUGAGAAACAACACGAAAGCGAACAAAAGAGGGUCAGAAAGACCUUCAAGUAUGGCAUCCAGUGGAAACCUGAGGAGUUCUUUGAGCAGGCGAAAUCUGUCUUGCACCCAAAGGAUCCCCAAAAAGCUUUGCCACAAGUGUUGAAGGAGGCUGUAAUCCAUGUCAUGGGUUCCAGCCCAGUUGAUGUUGCCAAGCACCGGUUGAGCGUGGUGCUGACGCUUCACAGAAAGGCAGCUGAGCUUGCGACAGAAGAACAGCAACUCAAGACAAUGAUGGAUCCUCAAACAGCUCAUGUUUUGGCCAACAAACGAUGUCAUACCAAGCCACCGAAUUUUCCGGAUGACUGCAAGCCCUCUUUGAUUUCAGUGGACGAGCUCUUGGAGUCUUCGGUCUGGCGAAGAAAAGCCUUGAUGGGUGCUGAGCAGUCCAAGGUGGAAGAUUCCGUGCAGGACGAUCUUCACGAUGCAACUAUGAAGGAAGUCGCAUUGGGACACUUGCAUGGACCUUACCCCGAACAGGAGGUUACAGAACACUUUGGAUCGGACAAGUGGCUUUUCAACCCUAGGUUUGCCCUCUACCAAGGGUCUGAGAACAAAGUAAGAGCGAUAGAUGAUGGGAAGCGGUCAGCUUUGAACCUUGCGUAUACCACCAACUUCAAGCUUGAGCUGUAUGAUGUAGAUACUCUUGCGGCCCUGGUUGCGGCGGUUACGGAUAGCUUGCGAGCCGGCAAGGUGAGCUUUGACAUGGACGAUGAUACAGUCUGCUCCGUGCCAGUCCAUCCGGAAGUGGCAUCAGAUGCAUGGUCAGGGCGGACUCUUGACUUGUCACGGGCGUACAAACAACUCGCACUGGAUGCCUUUUCCAUUUCUUCACAGCUUUGUCGUGGACUGGGAAUCAUUUGUGAGCAGAAACAUGUUGAUUUGGUGGCAGUGUGGAUCGAGGAUUCCAGGCGCGUGGAACCACUGGCGAAACGGCUGAGAGGUGAUGUCAACUUGGAUCCACUGGAAGAGCCGCUGAUCAGGGAACGUUUUUCUGGUAACAACAGUUCACGUUGGGGGACCCCUACAGUGAGUGCAGUAUUUGGGGAAGCGCUGAACACAAGACCUGCAGGUAGACGUAAUUUGAGUGAUGAAGAGGUGAAUGCUAGGAAACAGCGUGAGGACCAGCAGAAGGAGUAUUGGUCUAGGGAACUGUACCUGGAAUUGAAGAAAUUUGAAGCUCCGGCGCUGCAACAUCUGGAGCAUUGCGUCAGUGAUCGCCAUCUGCAUAUGGCCCUGGCAGGUAGGACAAGGUACAACACACUGAAGCGUUAUGUCAAGACUUGGAUGGCCUUCAUGCAGUGGCUGGAAGCAGCAAAGGGAGUAAUUGACUACCCGGUCCCUGGAGACCUGGUGGAAUAUUUAUUUUCUCGGUUUGACGAGCCCUGCGGUCCGACCAUCCCUGGCAUGAUAGUCAAAGCAGUCACCUGGAUGGAGCGUACAGCAUGCAUAGACGAUAGAAUGAAGGUAGGAGAGUCACAGGUAGUUCUGUCAGUCAAGGACUACAUUGUGGAGAUGCUGUCGAAGGACUCACCACCGAAGAGGAGAGCACCUAGGUACCCGGCGGUUUUCUUGGAGGCACUAGAGCUCAUGGUGGAGAACGACACCUUACUGAUGGGCACUAGGGCAGUAGCUUGGAUCAAGCUCUUCAAGAUCUGGGCUUCACUUCGUUGGGACGACAUUCAAAAGGUAGUCCCAAAGGAGUUGAAGUACUACGCAGGGCGCAUGACCACAAUCCUGCGUAUUACAAAAACGACAGGGCCUACCAAGAGGGUACAAGAGUUGCCGGUUUGUGUUUCAGAACAUGCAUAUGUUACAAGUCCAUUUUGGUUGAAGACGGGUUUCGAUCUCUUCAAGACACAUGCAAACUUUGAGCGUGAUUACAUGCUUCCGAAGUUGAACAGGGACUGGUCCAGUUUCAGGAGAUCCAUGGCAACGUACAAUGAUGUCACUUCAUAUUCUUCAUAUGUGCGAAAAGCUGCCAAGAGACCGGGAACGACGGAACCCCUUUUGGAUCCGUCCCUGUCGACAUUCUGGACAGAGCAUUCAGAACGAGCAACACUCCCAACAGGGUUAGCCCUCCUGAGAACGGCAAAGGAGGAACGUGACAUGUUGGGUCGUUGGAAGCCAGACGGUUCAGACACGUACAUCAGGAUGUACAAUGGUGUGGUGGCGAGGCUCCAGCAACAAUAUGCAAAAGCUGUACGGGCAAACAGCAGGACUGGACUCUUGGAUGAAAGAGAUGUCAUCGAAAGUGCAAUGUCAUGGCUCACUGACCGAUGUGAACAGUUGCCUGAGCAUCAGGUGCAAUUGAUCAUUUCCCACUUGGAGGAUUCUAUGCGCUGGCAGGUUCAGCCUGGGUGGGAGUUGGCCGGACAGGUCGAAGAAGAAGAUGUGCCGGAGGUCACACCGUCGGUGCCCAAUGCACAGCCUUUACAGGUUCAGAAACAGCAAACGGAGAAAGAUGCCCUAAAAAGGGGUGGAGCUGAUCUCAGAUUUACAUUGUCUCGAAACGAUGUUACAGAUGAUUUGCAAGCUGCUUUCUUUACGAACGGCAUCACAACAGUUCAGAAGUUUUCAUCUUUCUUCAGAUCAGAAGAGGACCUUAUUCAAGUCAUGAAGGAUUCCUUUGCAACAGAUGCAGAUGAUGGUUUGGAAGCAAGGGCGCAGCUGGCCUCAGUGAUUUGCGCCUGGAGAGAGACGCAAACCAAACAAAAGAGACAAGCAGAGGUUGAGGCUGAGAUGGACACACGUGAGUGGACGAAGCCAAUACCUACAGGUGAUUACAUCAACUUACGGAAUGCAUUCAUGAGGGCUCAUGGAAAGGUUGAAGAUAAGGUAACACCAUCGAAAGAAUACCUUGAGAAGAAAUUGCAAGAACUUGAGAACGGUGAAUUCCGUGCUGAACUGCUGUCGGAGGUUGUAUCAAAAGACGAAGUUGACCCGGACAUCAUGGUGCCGGUCUUUGACUCCAAGGGGUCGCUCUCGGUGAAGAAGGGCACAACGACGGUGGCGCUUCCGACGGGGCCUGAGCAACUUAGGAGACGGCUUACAGUGAUGUUGCAUUGUGUCAUGAUGCUGGCAUUGAAACAUACAAACCGUGAAGAGAUUCAAGACAUGAGCCGCGACACCAUGGAGCGCUACAAGGAUUACAUCCUAGGCGAUUAUGUCUGGGGCUUGUCAUCGACUGACCUUCAGGGAAAUCAGAUACAGACGCCGCCUUGGAGUCUUGUCCUCAGCUAUGAGCAUGCAGUGCGGAAGCGUGCAUACAAUUUGAUGGUCACGGAACAUUUGAAAAUUGGAGCAGCAUUGGAACAGGCCUGGAAAUGCCCGGUCACAAAGGAACGUCACUUCAUCACGCCCUUGGCCCUCUACAGCAAACGUUCCAAUCCAAGAAGACAAGGCGCCUUUGGACACAACCGGAUCGGUCUGACCUACGGAUGCAAAGAAGCACAACGAUGGAGGACCAGCCUCCUCAAGGUCGAAAUGGUGGACAUACAGGUGAAGCCACAUUUAGACCUAACUCAGAAAGCAGUCCAGGACUUGGGUGCCAUCAAGUCAGGUCAGAACUUUGGCAAGAGACCGGGCAGUAUGUGGCAAUUUCAACAAUUUUCUGACGUGUUGCAGCAAGAACAGGACUCGGACAGACAGAACUAUGAGGUUUUGAAACCAGAUGGCAGGAAGUUAGCAGGGGGGCUUGGGAGCCCUCGUAAGUGUCAGCCACCGGGCAAAGACCGGUCUUUUCAUGAUGGAGCUGGACUUCUGUCAAUGGGGAGAUGGGACGUGGAGCAAAGGAUAUGGAGCAAGGGUGUUUUUUGGGAAAGGUUGAGAAAAGGAACGAUUGAGUUGAUUGAGAAGCACCUGGGGGAUGAACGAGCUUUGGACAGGGCUUGCUUUGAGAUGGCAGUACGAGGUGAAGCAGGGUGCCAUAUUGUGCGCGACGAGAAGCUCAAGAGCGACAUACGCCUUUUCUGGAUUGACCUGCUGAAACAGCAUGGGUCGAAACAAGAGGGAUUGGACCAUGUGGCCCCAGGGCAACCUUUCCACCUUAGACUCAUGAAAGAGUUGCUUGCGUUUGGAGAAGAUGCAGACAGAGAAUUUUUGUUGCAGGGCGAAGUGGGUUAUCCUGUUGGUGUCCUGACCCCUUUGCCCAGGACGCCGCACUGCUAUGAAGAACAAACAGCUUGGCGAUUAGAAGACGACCCACACAUGCAGGAGGAGGUCUGGCGUUCCAACUACCAAUCGGUAGGGGAACAUGUACAAUUUGUGCGGGAGCAUUUCACGGAGGAGUGUGCGGAAGGCUUGAUGGAGAGACUCACACUGGAUCAGGCGAAGACCAGAUUUGGAGACAAGAUUGCAAUCUCCUCACUUGCGGUGCUGGUGGAGCAGAACCACCAGGGGAAGAAGAGAGUGAUUCAUGACGCCACCCACGGGACAAAACUGAAUAACAGGAUCAGAUGCCGUGACAAAACCAGGUCUCCCAGUGCGAGAGAGAAACAGUACCUCUUGGCAUACUUCCAGGAGAACAAGCGCUCAAUCUUCAGCUUGGUGGGUGACAUAAGUAAGGCCCACAGGCGCUUCCUCCAUGCCCCAGGAGAACGCGGUUUGCUGGCCUGCAGAGUCUUGGACACCGACGACCACAUAUAUAUAAACAAUGUUGGAACCUUUGGAGUGGCUUGUGCAUCAUACUGGUGGGGACGAAUUGCAGGUGCAGGGAUCAGACUGGUGCAUGAGCUCCUGGGGCCACAAAUGCCGGUGGAGCUGCUAUUGUUUGCAGACGAUCUGGAAGCUUUGGGUGCGAGUGCGGGAGGCAGGAGAGGGAUAACCCUCGCCUUCCUUUACAUGUCUGUUUUGGGCUUCCCCUUCAAGUGGACAAAGCAGAGGGGAGGGCUUAGAGUGGAAUGGAUUGGACUCUUCUCUGACUACUCUGUUUACAAGCUGGGACUGUCGCCAUCCCGGGCGCGCUGGAUGCACGAUUGGGUGAAGGAGCUUGCAGACACCGGCACAACAACUGCAAAGAACUUCGAGCAAGGGCUGGGCCGCCUUGGCUUUGCGGCCAUGGCCUUAACAUGGGAGAGGCCCUUUUUGGGGCCUCUUUAUAGCUGGUGUGCGGCUGUCAGAACGAAGCGUGGAGCCCUGAGAGUGCCUGCAAUGUUGAGGACCAUUUUGCGUUUUUUGGCGAAAAGGUUUUUGGCUGGUGGCGACUUGCAAUGCCCGCCUCCACUCAAGCGACAGGAGGGCGAACAGGUUAUCUUUUUUACAGAUGCCAAGGCCACAGAAAAAUCAGCAUGGAUAGGGGGCUUCAAGCAGGGUACAGACGGAAAGGUGCUGGCAUGGUUUUCUGAAGAGGUGCCGCUUUCCCGGGCGCCGUGGUUGAAACUUAAGAAGGACCCCAAGAGGAUAAUUGCAGCCUUGGAAUUACUAGCCAGUCUGGUGGCGGUGAAACUGUGGAUGCAGCCGGCGCAGCAAAGCUCUGAGGCCGUAUGCUGGUUGAGGGGCAAAACGGAUAAUCAAUCCAACACCUACGCCUUGACGAAAUGGAUGAGCACGAAGUUUCCCCUUACAAUUUUUAUCAUGGAGAUGUCGGAGUCUUUAAGACUUGGACGCUGCAAUUUGACGCUUGACUGGGUUCCGCGUGAAUGGAACCAAAUGGCCGACGAUCUCACGAACCAGAAGUUCGACAAGUUCUCCCUGCAGGACCGCAUCAGGUGGGAUCCAUUUCAACAAGAAUGGCUGGUAUUAGAAGAAUUUAUGGUUCAUGCAAACAGUUUUCAUGAUGAGAUGAGAAAGAGGAAAUCGGAGCCUCAGGUUCAAAUGCCCAGGAAACGAAAAAGAGUUUCUUCCCUCAAACCUUGGUGA